GCAUUCUUAACACUGCUUACCUUCUCCAUCAGAUGACUACCCAUCAUCAUCCCAAGGCGCACGCAAAUGGGACAAGAUAAUGGUGGACAUCGGCGAGGAGGAGAAGAAUGAGAAGCUGGAGGGAGACGCAGCGCUCAACAAGCUCUUCCAACAGAUCUACUGCGAUGGAACAGACGAGGUCAAACGAGCCAUGAACAAGUCCUUCAUGGAGUCGGCGGGAACAGUCCUGAGCACCAACUGGACCGAUGUGGGCAAGAGAAAAGUGGAUAUGAACCCACCGGACGACGUAGACUACAAGAAGUACUGAGCACCUCUCUCCCUCCUCCUCUCUGCCUCUCUUUGUUUGACAUCAUCUUUCUUCACAUCUGUCCGACGGGAGUCCUUGUUGCCAUGCAGUCUCGGUGGCGGUCCUCUUCCCAACCCCUCAGUUGUGCUCCGGUGUUUUCACUAAGUGCUGUGUUCCCACUUUUCACUCCUGGCCCACUCUCUGCAAUAACUCGCCUAGUAUGAAAAAUCUGUUGAACAGAUUGAUUUGCAGAUUUUUUUUAAAGGCCAAAGGAAAGUCUGAAUUCAAAUGUGACUGACAGACAUGAAAUUCUCCAAUUCCACUUUCCCAUCACUCUCCCCUCCUCUGCUCUGCUUUUCCUGGUUUUCUCAAAUAAUAAACGCCCGCAGCCUUUCUAGUCGGGAGCCUUUUACAAGUUCCUAUUAUCAACACUUGUAUAAAAAUGUAAAAGAAAAUCAGAACAACUUGAGAUGUUUAAAUGAUAACUAUGAUUGCAUUUUUUUGCUCCUGCAGUUUCCUUUCUCUACGCUCAGUAAAAAGUCAACAGCAACACUCUGACUUGUUGGGAAUGUUGUGUGACACGUCAGCUUAGCACCAGUCGUUCCUUCAGUGUGAUUCAAGCUUCAGUGUAAAUAAAAGAUUUGUUGUUUGGCUCACAAA